AUGCUGAACAACAAGAAAGAAAACACGGAUGAACAAGCCGGCAUGACUGUGCGGCAGCGGCUGCGGCAGAAGCGUGAGUUGGAGGAAAAACGAAAGUUUGGGCUUGCUCCGCUUUGUGUGGACGCGGUGUCGGGUCAGGAGAUUAGCCCCAACGUGCCUCACCUCAUAUCUCAAGCACCAUGGUACUACGGCAGUACCGGACCAACACUCGAACAUCAGCGGCAGAAGAAUGUGGAGGCUAUUGAAGCUCUGAAUGAUCAGCGCGACGCCGUUAAGGUGUUUGAUAAGCCGAAAACAUAUGUGGCUGGUGCGUGCGGCAAUUGCGGCAGCGUCACUCACAAGACGCAUGAAUGCUAUAAACCACGGAAAAAAGUCGGCGCAAUGUAUAGCGGCAAGGUAACGGGUGUUAGUAUGUCGGUAGAAUGUGUGGAAAAAAAUUACGCGCAAAAACGUGACAGGUACGCGAUGGGCAUUGGGGUUGACUUACUUCAAAGUAUGAACCAGGAUGGCGGUGUAGCAGAUCAAGAAGAUCAGGGUGGGCAUAAUGAUGGAAGUGGAGGAGAGAAGCGAUCGAAACUCGAGGAUGUUUUUGCUUCGAAGACAGCGGUUUCUGGCGGUGGCGGUGGUGUGGCAAUUAAGGAACUACCGAAGCACUUGCAUAACCUGGACGAUGAUGGACUCUUCUUUGAUCCCAAGACGGGUUCGAUGCGCGGCAAUCCCAACGCAGCUGAUCCCACGAAAAUAUUUCAAGGCGAUCUGCAGCGCUACCGAUCGGGAGAUUAUUACACCUACCUUGAAAUGCAACUUCGUUUUCUCAAGGGGGAGUCUUCAUCUUUCGUGGACUUUAGGUUGGACGAACAACUCCAAAAAGAAAAGCAGCAACAAACCAUUGGCAGCAGUGGUGGUAACCCCAGCGGCGGUGGUGAGAGUGUGGGAGAAACGGCUCAUGACAGACUGGUACGUUCCCUUUACGGUGAUUCUACUCUUGUUUCCUCUGGGAACGCGCAGAAAAUGAGAGAAGCUCUUGCUGCGGCUUCGGCGUACACCAGCUGUUCAGCACCAGAUGAAGAUACACUCGCCACUAGCGCGCCAUCAUCAUCUCAUGCUUUAGGCCCGGCAACGCGAAAUGGCCACUUGUAUGUUUACGGAAGCUAUUUUGAUACAAAAGAAUUUAGGUGGGGCUACAAAUGCUGCAAGCGUCUGGGGAGGGAAGCAGAGGCAUGUAAGAUGGAAAAGGCUUCGACAACAAAGGAACUCGAGUAG